GCAGGCACACACACAUACACACAUACACACACACGCACACGCACAGAGGAGAAGGGAGGCGGCUAGCAGAUGAUUUACACGCAGCACAGAUAAAUCUCUCCAGGACAUCUUCUCUUCCCCUCACAAGAAGCCCAAAUGGCUGAUAAACCUGCUGAUAUGACCCCAGGGAAAGGUCACACCUUCUCCAACCACAUCUUUCACCACGACGCAGAAAUGAAUCUGGAUAGGAUCUACAUGGACUACAAUGCUACGACCCCUUUGGAGCCUGAAGUGAUCGAGGCCAUCUCGGAGGCCCUCCAGGAAGCCUGGGGAAACCCGAGUAGUAACUACUUAGCCGGGGCAAAAGCCAAGGCCAUCAUCAACGAGUCCAGAGAGAACGUGGCAAGAAUGAUUGGCGGUAAAGCCGAGGACAUCAUUUUCACCUCAGGUGGAACAGAGGCCAACAACCUGGUGCUGCACACUGCCAUGGAGCACUUCAGGAAGAGCCGCAGCUCUGCAAAAGGAGUGGAGGGAAGCCGCAACGGAUACGACGGCCUGCCGCAUAUUAUCACCUCGAAUGUGGAACACGACUCUGUCAAACUUGUAGCUGAGCACCUUCAGAGCGAGGCCAAGGCAGAUGUGACCUUUGUGCCCGUGUCGAAGGUCACGGGCCGCGUUGAGGUGGAGGACGUCGUAGCUGCGGUACAGUCCAACACUUGUCUUAUCUCCAUCAUGCUGGCCAACAAUGAAACCGGCGUGAUAAUGCCGGUUCAGGAGAUCUGCAGCAGAGUGAAAUCUCUCAACAAGCAGCGUCAGCACGUGAGGAUCCUCCUGCACACCGACGCUGCCCAGGCUCUGGGGAAAAUCCCGGUGGACGUCGGCGAGCUGGGAGUGGAUUACUUGACCAUCGUGGGACACAAGUUCUACGCCCCUCGCAUCGGCGCUCUGUAUGUGGACGGCCCGGGAACCAGGACGCCGCUGCACCCCAUGCUGUUCGGAGGAGGUCAGGAGAGGAACUUCAGACCCGGCACUGAGAACACACCGAUGAUUGCUGGACUGGGAAAGGCUGCGAAGCUGGUGGCCUCCAAUCUGUCAGCAUAUGAGAGUUGCAUGCGAAGCACUAAACUGUAUCUGGAAAAUCGACUGCAGACUGUGUUUAAAAACAGGAUCCACUUCAACAGCCACUACCCCGGCUCCGAUAUCCUCCCCAACACAUGCAACGUCUCCAUCCUGGGCCGGACACUGCAAGGCUGGAGGGUAUUGUCCCACUGCAGGAAGCUGCUGGCCAGCGUCGGCGCCGCCUGCCACUCAGACAGUGGAAACAGGCCUUCCCAUAUUCUCCUGAGCUGCGGCAUUCCGUCCGAGGUGGCGGCCAACGCUCUGAGGCUGAGCGUGGGCAGGUGGACGACGGAGGCAGACGUGGACGCCGUGGUGGAGGACCUGAGGGAGACGGUGCAGCUGCUGGAGGAGAUGAACUGACGGCCGUGCGGGUCAGAUGGGGAUGAGCAGAGCCAAGCACGCACCAGCUGUGUUUACGGUCGCAUUAACUGAUCAUGUAAAAUGGAUGAAAUUUUUCAUAUAAAUAAUAAAAA